ACUACUUUCUUUAUAAGCAGCAACUCUGGGCCCGAAAUGGCAGUCUCUACUGCCUUGCUACGGCCACAAGAUGGAAAUCUGCAAGGAUUCCUUCAGCCUCCUAUUCUCUCUCUUCUUCCUGUUCCAUUCAGAGGCAGCCUGCCGCCCCUUUGGGAGAAGACCCUACAAGAUGCAGUCUUUUAGAAUCUGGGAUAUUAACCAGAAGACAUUCUACCUGAGGAACAAUCAACUCGUCGCUGGAUACUUGCAAGUGCCAAAUACCAAAUUAGAAGAAAAGAUAGACAUGGUGCCCAUUGACCCUCAUACUGUGUUCUUGGGGAUCCACAAGGGGAAGCUGUGCCUGUCUUGUGUCAAGUCUGGUGAUGACAUCAGUCUCCAGUUGGAGACAGUUAACAUCACAGAACUGAGCAAGAACAAGGAGCAGAACAAGCGCUUCACCUUCAUCCGCUCAAACAGUGGCCCCAUCACCAGUUUCCAGUCGGCCGCCUGCCCGGGCUGGUUUCUCUGUACAGUGGUGGAAGCUGACCAACCUGUCCGCUUUACCAACAACCUGGAAGACUCUGACAUGGUCACCAAGUUCUACUUCCAAGAGGACCAGUAGUACUGCCCAGACCUGCCCUUCCCUACUCCCCAGCCAUCAGUGGCCUUUCCACCUCUGCUCAAGUGGCUCCUGGCUGUCACAGAGAAUCAGGGAGCAACUUUUGCAGGUGGACUUUGGAAAGAGGCCUGAAAACCCUGCUGACAGGAGUCUUCCUCCAGCCUCUCACUGACAGCCUCCAUGCUGCCUCCAGAAAGGUCUUUAUUACAAUGUGCAUAUAGCCCCAGCUCAAAGCUCUUACAUGUUGCCUCUGCCCUGUGAGCGAAAUCCAGACUGCUGCCCAGCCUGAGUUACUCCUGCCACUGCAUCCCACAGUACGCCUGCUGGUUCUAGGUGUCUGUUCCUCUCUUCCCACCUCCCCCUCCUCCCUUGCCCCACUGUCCAUUGCCCACAUCCACUGGGUCACUAGCUGACCCUGCUAAGUGACUCCCAUACAAGGGAGUAUUACCAGCCAGUGCUGGUCCAUGGGGAGGUUUGUUAUUGCUUUUGUUGUAGGUGCUGGGGAUUGAACCCAGGGCCUCAUGCAUGUUAAGUAUGCAUGCAUU